GGUAUAUAAACUUGUAGAUAAUCAAAAAGUUAUCAAAUACAAUAAUGAAAUCGACAGUAUUGUGUACGCUUUUCCUUUCCUUAUUCCUAUCUGCAUUAGGAAUAGACCUCACGCCCAUUAAAGGCGGUAAAAGUGGCGAUGGUAUAACGACGAGAUACUGGGAUUGCUGCGCCCCAUCUUGCGCUUGGGACCAAAUCAUACGCACCAAAAACAAAGUGCCGGUGCAAACAUGCAAAGUCGAUGGUGUUACACCAUCGACUAAAGCCGACAACGCCCAAUCUGGUUGCCAGCAAGGCGGCGUCGCGUACACUUGCAACAACCAACAACCCAGGACUGUUAAUUCAUCGUUAGCAUUCGCAUUCGUCGCGGCUUCCUUCGCAGGUGGUACCGACUACGAUGAUUGUUGCAUAUGCCUUGUGAUGGACUUCAAGGGCGAGCUGGCUGGCAAGAGGCUCAUCACGCAAGUGACCAACACUGGUACAGAACUUAAAGAAAACCACUUUGAUAUCCUCAUGCCCGGUGGCGGAGUUGGUUUCUUCCAGCUUGGAUGCGAGACCCAAUGGAACGCCCCUGCAGAUGGUUGGGGUCAACGUUACGGCGGCGUCACCACCGAAGAGGAAUGCAACGAACUCCCUGCCGUUUUACAAGAGGGAUGCAAAUGGAGAUGGACCUUCAUGAACGGGGUUCCCAAUCCUAACGUGUCCUUCUAUCAAAUUAAAUGUCCUACUGAAUUAGUCAGUAUUAGCCAAUGUGGUGAUUUGUAGUUACCGGUUUCGUAAUAAAUAAUAACGUUUGCAGUA